AUGGCGUCGACAGAGUGCGCUACACUCCUCGAAACGAUCGAAAAGCAAUUUCUGGCAGGCAACAUAAGCGACAUCGACUUCACUUCCCAACUCCAGCCAUGCCUUCCCCAAGCCUGUGACCAAGUCUACGGCUCCGCCAAGUUCGACCUUGUCGGCACGGGCUUCUACUACAGCACCCUAACCCAAGUCGCCGUCUUCGUUCUCUGCGGGCCCUUCCAAGUCCUCGUCUCACGAUGCCUCUCGCCACACGCUCGCACGUCAACGAACCUCUCCCUCGCUCGCUUCCAAUCCGUUCUCGAUACCGCUUACACGACCGGAACCCUCCUCGCGUUCGCCAUCAUGGCCACAGGAUUCACUCGUACUUCGCUCUACGCCGUCGCGGCGCUGGAACGUAGCGUCAUCCGCGACAUGGCGGAUCUCCACUCCAUGCUGCAGAAUCUCGCCAUGGCAUCGUACAUCCUCAUGAAGACGCCUGCGAAGGUCACUCGCGGCAGCCGGGCGUGGGGGUUUGGUGGCGUGUACUUGUGCUGUCAAAUUCUGAACUUCGCGACGUGGUCUUUGAAGCGCAGAAUCAAUGCUACGGCUUCUGUAAGGAUCAUCGGGAGGUUGUGCACCAAGGCUGAUGAGGGUGCGAAGAGUUAUCCGGAACUCAACCUCACCGAGGCUCCUGGAUGGAAUCCUUUGAUCGUCGGGGCUGUGCUCGGCGUCGUGUUGGUGCUGCUCUUUGUGGCGAUUUCUGUCUUCUUGCCGAAGGUGUGGAGCUGGAUCGAGAAGUUGUUUAGCAGUGUUGUGCUGGGGGCUUUGAUUGCUGUUGUGUGGAUUGCUGGGAGUUUGUUGUGUGUUGGAUACUGGAUGUACCAUUUGACAUACACGAGAGAUGGGCUGGAAGGGACUCCCGACUGGGAUCUGGGACAGGUCCUCGUUGUUGCUGUGUGGCUUCCCACGCUUGUACAACUGGCUCUGGCUAUCUUGAUGACGUUGACGCCGGAGAGGGGAGGUGUUGAGGGUCAGGGGAACAGAGUAGCUCGAGUGGCCAGUGUGGUCGUGGAGGGACUUUACUCGUCCUGGUUUGGCAAAGAGCCUCGUGUUGAGGAAGACAAAGUCGAAGAGAAGAAGCCAGAUGACAAGGCUGCUCCGCAGUCAACAACGAAAUGGACUCAAACCACCAUCGCCUUGGAGAAAGGAAAGGCUCCUCGUGUCAGCUCCAGCAGCCCGCUCGACGAUGAGAAGAUGGCUAGGAACCCAUCGCCGGGUGCUCAAGUCUAG